AUGGCCGUCAUGUUUGCGUUGAUAAACGUCGCCAUCUACGUCAUCAUUUCUUUUCCGUCAAAAUCCGCUACACAGAAGGAAAAGGCUGCAAACGUUAGGACGGCAAAAAACAGAAGCCUUAAGCAAAUACUGGAGAGGCACAGCAGAGGCAGCGAUCGUAGCAGCGAUGAAGAAGUUGACGCCUUGAGGAAGGAGAACAGAGAUUUAAGAGAGCAGCUACGGAAGACUCAAGAUCUCCUGGAAAAGGAACGGGCUCUCUGCCACGAACUUCAUGCCACCCUGCUGAAAAAGUUCGAUAUUGUGCCAUCCACAUAUACAUGUGCAAGGUGCGCACGUCCUGAGCCCACAGCAACGACAUCAGCAUUUCGAGACCUGAGCACUGCUCUGCGGUUAGUCGCAGCUGAUGAAGAGGGUCAUAAUGCUGACAGCAAUGAAACUGGGAUUUCAGAGCGAUGGAUAUCUUGUGGCGGCCACUAGUCAUGUUGUACCAAGUACAGGAGCAGUUGACAGCAUAAGCUACCCCUAUCCUGGC